AUGGGUUUCCUUGUAAAUGUCUUUGUAGCCCAUAAUUUGGGACACCAUCAUUAUGUGAUGUCCAUUGGGUUAUUGAUUCUGUAUUCAGGACUAAUGAUGCCUAAUGUUACUGGAUCAAAAGCAUUCCCAGAUGCAUCUUUUGGAUCCAACCCAUUUAUUACCUCAGCCCAUUUUGAUUGGGCCAAUUUCAGCCCAACCCGCCCAUUUGACACUCCUAGUGAAGCCCAUAAUGUUCACUUAAAAACAAAGUUGAUAAGUUUAUAUGAUAGUUUUGGGAAUUUCAAGAAUGCUCGUAAUGUGUUCGAUGAAAUUCCUGAACCAGAUCUUGAUUCUUGUAAAACAAUGAUAAGAUGGUAUUUUAUGAAUGAUAUGUAUGAUGAGAUUAUUGGGUUUUAUGAUUGCAUGAGAAAAAGAAAAGGGCUUACUUUGUUUGACAAUGUUGUGUUUUCGAUUGUUUUAAAGGCUUGUAGUGAGUUGUGUGAUGUUAAUGAAGGUAGGAAAUUGCAUUGUCAUAUUGUGAAAGGUGGAAAUCCUGAUAGUUUUGUAUUAACUGGUCUUGUUGAUAUGUAUGCUAAAUGUGGAAAGAUUGAAUCUUCUCGUGUCGUGUUUGAUGGUAUUUCGGAUAGAAAUGUUGUUUGUUGGAUCAAUGAUUGCGCGGAAGAAGGGUUGGUUUUAUUUAGUCGAAUGAGGGAUGCUUUGGUUGAAAGUAAUGAAUAUACUUUGGUGAGUGUAGUAACUGCAUUUGCAAAGUUGAGAGCUUUGCAUCAAGGGAAAUGGGUUCAUGGUUAUAUCAUAAAAAAGGGGAUUGAACUGAAUUCCUACCUAGUUACUGCUCUGAUAGAUCUGUAUGUGAAAUGUGGAGUUAUUUCUGAAGCUCGUGUGACUUUUGACGAGCUUUCUGCGAAUGAUUUUGUUACGUGGACAGCAAUGAUUGUUGGAUAUAGUGAAAGUGGCUAUCCAGAUGAGGCAUUGAAACUCUUUACAGACAAGAAAUGGAAAGGAACAUUGCCUAAUUCAAUCACUCUUUCUAGUGUACUUUCGGCAUGUACACAGUUGAACAAUCUGAAGUUCGGAAAAUCGCUCCAUUCUCUCAGAAUUAAGCUAGGAUUGUAUGAUGAUACUGUGACAAAUGCUUUAGUAGACAUGUAUGCGAAGUGUGGUGCAAUAACAAAUGCUCGUUACUUAUUUGAGAAUUUUGCCCGCGAUGAUGUAAUUGCGUGGAAUUCACUUAUCUCUGCACUUAUCUCUGCCUGUUCAUCGAAUGGAUCUGCUAAUGAGGGUCUGAUGUUGUUUCAUAGAUUGAGAUCUGAACAUCUUCAGCCAGAUGAAUUUACUAUGGUGUCUGUCCUGUCAAUAUGUGCUUCACUUGGGAAUCAUAGAGUUGGUUCUUCUUUUCAUGCUUUUACUAUCAAAGAGGGUCUUUUAUCGUCUAAUUUAUAUGUAGGUACUGCACUUUUUAAUGUAUAUGCUAGAUCCGGUGAUGCAAAAUCUGCUCGUGUUGUUUUUGAUGAGAUGACAUAUAGGAAUACGGUGACGUGGAAUUCGAUUAUUAAUGGCUAUGCAAUGCAAAGGGACUGCAAGAAUUCCUUCGCACUUCUCAGUGAUAUGAUUAGAGAUAGUUUUGAACCUGAUGAUAUUAUUUUCACUUCUAUACUAUCUGCUUGUAGUCAUAGAGGGAUGAUAGAGGAGGGAUGGAGAUUUUUCUAUACAAUGUGUGAGGCAUAUAAGUUUGUUCCUUCCAUGAAGCACUAUAAAUGUAUGGUUGAUUUAUUGGCUCGUGGUGGAAGGCUUAAGGAAGCUCUGGAUUUCAUUGAUAAAAUGCCAAUUCGGCCUGAUAUUUCUGUGUUUGGUGCUUUUCUACAUGGAUGUGGUAUUCACAAUAGAUUUGACCUCAGGGAGGUGGCAGUGAGAAAAAUGAUGGAGUUGCAUCCUCAUCAUGAUGCUUGUUACUAUGUGCUUAUGUCAAAUUUAUAUGCCUCUGAUGGGAAAUGGAGUCAGGCUUAUCAAAUGAGGGAGUUGAUGAAGAGCAAAGGUUUGAACAAUUCACCUGGCUGUAGCCACGAGAACACGGUUUUUGAAAACGAUUGCCUGAAGGUGUCAUCUAUUGGUUAGUUAUGUUCCAAGGAAAUUAUAGCAGCCUCAAAUGAAUGGUUACCCUCUGAAGAAGUUAUCGUCCCUAGUCGUGGGAGUCCAUCAGGAGUAAAUUACAGCUCUUGUUGAUUGCAGAUGGAACUUGUUUUGGCAUUGGAGUUACCAAGUUUUGAAACUUAAGGAGCAAUGAAGAAAUGCUAUGCUGGCUCUCAAUCCUCUGUGGAGAGAACUUUUAGGGAAAGGUUGGACAUACAUGAAUCUGAAGAUCACCUUAGAGCUGGCCUUUCUAAAUUUGGAUUUGGAUUGGAGCUGAAAAUGUUGGCUUGUGAGAACCUGUAAAGCCUUUCACUUGAGGAUGAGUCUCUCUGGAAGGUGCCAUCACUGUAUUCUUGUAUGAUGUUACUCGGUUUUGCUGAUUGAGAAAUUAGCUACGGAAUUUCUGGACACAAGUAUUGAGUAAUUUGCUUGGCAGAAUUUCUGGCAAUUCAAAUGUAUAUCGUUGAUUCUCGAUAGUUAUACCCUCAUGUGGAUUGACACAAAGAAUAAAGAAUACAGAAAAAUAACCUCAUGUGGAUUAUCCCGCUACCAUUGUAAGAAUUUGUGAAUAUAAUAGCAGAUUUGUUUACCCAACUGAGAUAUUGCUCAGGCCUAAAAGGAACUUCUAACUAACUAUUGCUCAGUGGAGCAAAUUCAUUGACACUCAGUAAGUUUCCUGAGUGUUACUUUUCAUUUUCCUUUUUCACUCUGGUGUGGAGACAGGCGCAUGAUGCCGGUUCGUUCCUUUGAGUAAUAUAAAUAUAUCUGGAGAUAACUCUUGAGACAUUAUGAACACUGGAAUGGAGCAAUAAUCAGAUAGAUCAAAUUUCCGGUCUUUCUUGAUUCAGUUUCAGAUGGCAUUGAUGUUUAACACUAUCAUCAAGAUCACUUCUUUAGCAUAGAACUAGGCAACUGAAAGAAGUUGAGGUGCUCCAGUGCUUGCAUUACUCUACGACUUCGCAAUUGUCUAUCACAAAUAAAUGUCUCAAUCCCAAACAAGUUAGAAUUAACUAUAUGAAUCCUCACUGACCGCCAAAGGAUUUUGAUGUUGUAGACUUGCAUAUGAGAUGCACACACGGCUCAAUAUUUCAAUUUUGAUAAUAUAAAUUUCACUGGAAUAUACGUAUUAAAGAAAAAACUUGAGGUUUUAAUCCAACAAAAAGAGAGGAACAGCAUGUUCAAAUAAAAGAGAGGUCAUUCUUGCACAAAUAUUCGGAUGAUCAAGUCUUCUUUUAGGACUCAAAUGACAUCUCAUAGAAGGGGAAAUGUCACAUAAAUAAAGAAAUUUAUUGCCAUUUGCACGCAAAGGACUGAACAUAUGGUUGCAUAAAUAAAUCAAAUUACAGACAAAAUUACCUAAAUGACUGCUAAUAAUGCACAAAACAAAUACAAGUCUAAACAAAAAAAAAAAAAAAAAAAAAAAAAAAAAAAGGAUAAAAAAAGAGAUAAAA